AAGGUGGUGAUGGUAGUGGUUACUGAUAGUGGUCUCGAUGGUAGUGGUAGCAAAGGGUGGUCUUUCUCGCUUGGUCAUAGCUGGUAUUAGAACGCUCUUUCAGUGCGCGCGGAUCCGUCGCGCGCUGUACCGAGGCUCCUCCACCGACGAUGAUGCUCAUUGGUAUACACAUGCAUAUGAAUACGUCUACGUGCCGGCGAACAGGGGUGUAAUCACAGGUUCGCGCAAUCGCAAAUGUAUAUACGUGUGUGUAUGCGUACGAGGUGGCUGGCCCGUGUUCGACUGCGCGAACGAGGAGGAUAGAGAAAGUGGUAGAGAAAAGAGUAAGCGGGGAAAAGACACAGAGAGAGUGGGUAAGCGCGAGGGUGGCGGCGAACGCCGGUGGCGGUAGUGACGGCGGCGGUGGCGGCGUCAGUGCACGGAAGUGGCUGUGCUCCGGUAGUGGACGGUGGAUAGUGUAGUGCGGUUGGUCGAUUGGAUCGGUUGGUCGGUUGGUCGGUGGUUGAUUCGCCGUUGGUCUCGCGUUGCCGUCGUGUUUCAUUGAAAACCGGGCGGAACGACGUCGGACAUCAUCCACGAGACGCAGACGGCGAGACGACGACGGGACCGCAAGAAGGGAGGAAAAGGGAGAGAAAGAGAGAGAGACGAGAGGCGAGAGAAUGAGAUCGAUAAGGAGGAACCUUAGGCGCUGGUUUCGCGAAACGGGAACGGCGGUGCGCGACGCGUAGAGAGAGAGAGAGAGAGAAAGGGAGACACAUAUACUUCCUCCUCUCUUCUCUUCCUCCUCCACCCGAGAUUGCGAGUGUAUGUGUGUGUGUGUGUGUAUGUGUGUGUAGUGCGCCGACGACGAGCGCACGCGACGGAAGCGAGACAUACGCGUGUAGUACGCGCGCAUACGUACGCACGCAGGCGCGAGUAGGCGCGAGUACGCGCGUGUGAGCGAGGGAGCCGCCGACACACGAGGGUGGAACGAGGUUCGCGAGGAAGGGAACGUGGCCGGCUCGGUUCGUCGACUUGGCUGGCUCGCGAAAGGGCGGUUCUUGGAUCCGGAGCGCCGCAACCGGAGGCCGAGGGAGAGAGAGCGAGAGAGACCGGAAGAGCGAACGCGAGAGAGGGUACGCGAGAGAAUUCGUUUGUUCGUUCGUUCGUUCGUUCAUUCGCGUCUUGUCGGCUCAGGAAGAUAGAAAAGUGGAAGAGGAGAGAGUCGAUUACCUCUUUUUCUCUCUCUCUCCCCCUCGAUCUCUAUUCGCCCUCGCUCGAUGGGCUACGCCGUCGAAAGAAGGUCAAAGAUCGAUUCUCGGGCCGACGAGGGUCGUGACCUCGCCGUACGCCGCCGCCGAGUACGAAGUGACCCACGCGCGUAGUAGUACUAUCCACUAGUAGUAGUACGCCGGCCAGAAGAGUUGUAUUCGGUGAGGAGGCGAGGGUGGCGGUGGUGGCGGGGGGGGGGGGGGGGGGGGGGGAGGUGGAGAGAGGAUCGAUCGGGCGGAGGAUCAUCGUCGCGAUGCGAGGAUGAGGUUGAUCGACCGGCAGAAAAGGAACCGAACCGGCAGCUUUCAUUGAGAUCGACGAUACGUAGAAAGAACGAGGACCGAGACGAUCAAUCUCCUCGUCAAUGCACGUCGUUCGCGAACGCGCCAUCACACGUAGAGUAGAAACGUCCGCGCGCAUCCCAGGACACGUCGUUAUCGUGUCCGCGAUUUGGCGUAAAAGAUCGCGAAGGCGCAAAGAGAUUGGAAAUAUAUCGUCGACGUCGUCGUCGUCGUCGUCGUCGGCCAUAGCCGGAUGCUGGAGCACAAAGUCGGGAACGAAGAGAAGAUCGAAUCGCCCAAAGAAAGGCGAUCGUCGAGAUUCCGGCGCACGAAGCAUCACACCUUCAUCAUCCGACUGUUACCCUAACUGAAAGCUCGGAUAGACCGGACGGACGUCCCGGUGCGAUUGAACGCACGGGAAAACGCUCAUUGAUCGAAUCACCCGUGUGGCUAAUCGGGCUGAUAUGAGCGUGAAGACGCACGAGGGUGACGAGAGACUGGGGAAUGGUCGCAAGGCGUGACAAAGCGACUACGGAAAUUUCGAGGGUCCGGAUUAUACAGCAUUCUCUUCGGAAAUUGGAAAACUAGCAUUGCCGAGGAAAUUGGGAAACAAGGACACGGACAGAUCGCUGAAUCAUCACUAGGUCGAAAAAGAGAAAGACGCGUGGAUUAUUACACAAAACGAUUGCGAAAGCGAGAGAAUCGGGCGAGAUCGCGGGUAGAAGAGAGAACGACGAACCGGACGAACACCGACGGAAUAUCGACGAAACGCUGACGAGACGAUUUAUCGCGCCUACGAGGAGGAGGACGAGGUACGGCUACACGCCGAGGUUUCCCGUAGAAUGUCACGGGAUCUUUACUCGAGCAGUGGCGUGAUCGGUCCAGGUGGUGGCACACGUUCGCCACGCAGCGGUCGUCGCGUGGGCGAACUGCCAACCGUUGAUCGCAGUCCGUCGCGAAGUUAUGCCAGCGGUCGUGGAAGUCCGCUCGGUGGUCGUAAACGGGGAACUCGCAGUGGCAACAAUUCGCCGGAGCACUUAGGCUACGGCGGAGGCUACCAUCACCAUCAGCUGGGCAGCCCGUACUACUCCCGCGACGAGGACCUCGGCAGUCCCGUGAUGCUCGAGGAGAGGGGUAGGAGUAUGUCGACCGGGGGCGGUGGGGGCGGACAUCACCGAUCCAGAAGCGCCUCGAGACCCGCCAUGUCCAGCUCGGCGGGCAUGGUAGCGCGUUACACCAGCCUCGAUCGUGCCUCCGCUGGCGUUCUCGACCAUGAUCGGGAAUUCGUGCCGAUACGCGAGCCGAGCCGCGAACGUAGCCGCGAUCGCGGACUCUACCUGGAGGACGAGUUAUACGGCUCCAGGUCAGCGCGUCAGAGCCCGAAUCCGCACAUGCUGCGCGACGGCGGUGGCUACAUCGGCGAGCUCCAACAUCAGAACAACGAUCUGCAACGUGAGCUCGGUAACCUGAAGAAGGAGCUCGAGUUGACGAAUCAAAAAUUGGGCAGCUCGAUGCACAGUAUCAAGACCUUUUGGAGUCCGGAACUGAAGAAGGAACGGGCGUUGCGCAAGGAGGAGAGCACCAAGUACAGCCUCAUCAACGAACAACUUAAGCUGCUCAACUCGGAGAAUCAGAAACAAAGCAUAAUGGUUCGCCAAUUAGAAGAGGAGCUUAGAAUGAGGAUGCGUGGGCCGAGCGUCGAGAUGCAGCAACAAAUGGAAGUUUUGUAUAAUGAGAAUGAGCAUCUGACUCGCGAAAUUGCCAUACUUCGUGAUACGAUAAAGGAGCUGGAAUUAAGAAUAGAAACGCAAAAACAGACGCUGCAGGCUCGUGAUGAGAGUAUCAAGAAGCUCCUCGAGAUGCUCCAGAAUAAGGGGAUGGGAAAAGAGGAGGAAAGGAUCAUGUUCCAGCAGAUGCAGUCGAUGGCCCAGAAGCAGGUUGACUUCUCGCGGAUGAGACGACUGCAUUUUGCAUACCAAACGCAAAAAUCUCAACAUACGAGUCGAAUAUUGCUGGACGAGCUCCGGACGGAGGUACAGCGACGAGACCAAGAGCUGCUGGCAAUGUCGGCGAAAAUGAAGACACUCGAGGAGCAACAUCAGGAUUACCAAAGACACAUCGCUGUACUCAAGGAAUCUCUCUGCGCCAAGGAGGAACAUUAUAAUAUGCUGCAAGCUGAUGUCGAGGAGAUGCGACAGCGGCUCGAGGAGAAGAACCGGAUGAUCGAGAAGAAAACGCAGGCGGCAAUGCAGGCGCAACAGGAGCGCAAUCGCAUGAACACCGAACUGACAGAAAUCAAGGAUCACAUGGACAUCAAGGAUCGCAAGAUCAAUGUUCUGCAGCGCAAGAUCGAGAAUCUGGAGGACUUGCUGAAGGAGAAAGAUAAUCAAGUCGACAUGGCCAGGGCCAGGCUGACGGCAAUGCAAGCGCAUCAUUGCAGCAGCGAAGGUGCACUUAGUAGUCUCGAGGAGGCGAUUGGGGAUAAAGAGAAGCAAAUGGCACAAUUACGUGAGCAAAGGGAUCGAGCAGAGCAGGAGAAACAGGAAGAGAGGGAAUUGCACGAAAGAGAAAUCGCCGAAUACAAAAUGAAAAUACAUACUUUAGAAUCCGAGGUCGAGAAAUUAGGCGCGCGUUUGGAACGAGCGCAGGCGGAAAAGGACCGGUUAGAAGCGAAGCUCGAGAGCUCACAAUCCGAGCUUGGCAAGAGCAAGGCUGAGCUGGACAAAGCCGCUUCCGAGGUCGGACGUAGCGGCGCAGACUGGGAGGCGGCGAAGCAGCGGCUGGCCAGGUUGGAACUGGAGAACGAAAGGCUGCGGCAUGAUAUGGAACGAUCGCAGGGUUACGGUAGAAGCACACUGAACUCGUCCCAGGAAAUGGAACGCGUUCAGGAACGUGCCGACAAAACGGCCACAGAAUUAAGGAGAGCCCAGGCUGAGCUGAGGGUCACGCAAGCGGACAAUGAGAGGGCACGUGCCGAAGCUGCAACCCUCCAAGAAAAGGUGGAGAAAAGUCAAGGCGAAGUGUACAGACUUAAAGCGAGACUCGAGAAUGCUCAAGGCGAACAGGAAAGCCUGCGAGAGGAGUACGAUCGAGCACAGGCAUCUGUGGCCCGUCUUCACUCCGAGAGAGAUAAGGCAAUCGGCGAACUCGAAAAAUCACAAGAAGAACUCGAGCGCACACAGGCAACCCUCGGUAAGGCGCAACUUCAGCAGGACAAGCUGCAGAAUUUAUUGGACAAGACGCAAAGUGAGGUCGACAAGCUGCAGGAAAAGCUCGAUAAGACGCAGACGGAAGUUCGUAGAAUGCAAAUGGAAAGAGAAAAACAGAACUACGAUUUCGAGAAUCUGCAGAGCCAGCUUGACAAAGCAUUAGGACAGUCAACGAGAAUGCAGAAAGAGCGGGAAGCGAUUCAGCUUGAUGUGGAUCGACUACAGGACAAGUACGAAAAAGCUCAGGUUAUAAUGCAACGACUACAGAAGGAACGAGAUAGCUUCCAGGAAGAGAUGGAGAAGAUGCACGAGAGGAUAGAAUUCCAGCAGAAUCAGAUAGCCAAGAUGCAACGGGAGAAGGAGAAUGUACUCUCAGAACUCGAUUUGGUAAAGGAGAGAUGGGAGAAGGCCCACAAUACUCAUCAGAAAUUAACGUUGGAACGAGAUGAUGCGCUGACUGAAAUCCAAAUCCUAAAGGAGAAACUGGAGAAGGCACAGUAUUCUAUGAACAAAGCUCACGAGGAGCGAGAAAACACUACCAAAGAAUUUGAAAAGAUGUUGGAAAAAUACGAUAGGUCGCAGAGCGAGGUGUAUCGCCUUCAGAACCGUAUCGAUGUUAUGGAGGCGGAUAAGGAUCGACUCGAGCUGGAGACGGAGAAGCAGCAGAUGUUGGCGACCAAGUCACGUGAGGAAUCGCGUAAGGCUCAGGAGGAACUAGCUCGAGUACAGGAAAUGUACGAUCGCGCGGCGCUGCAACUCGGUCGUACGAAAGAGCACGAGGAGAAGUCAAAGGAGAACAUCGAUCGGCUGAGUGUAGAUCUCGAAAUGGUGCGCGAGCGCUACGAGAAGUCGCAGAUCGAGCUGCGACGAUUGCAAAACGAGCGCGAGAAGUUGGUGGCCGACAACGAGCGUAUCAGCUUCGAGCUGGAGCGCGCGCACUCCCAGCUUAACAAGGCGCAGGCUGCGACGGAGAAGACGCAGGAGGAGCUUGCGCGUAUGCAACUUGAGAUUGAGAAGAUGUACGAGAAGCACGAUCGUCAGCAGACGGAGGUGAGGAAGGCGCAGGGCGAAGCGGAACGACUGCGUUCUGAGGCGGAGAACUCGCGCGAGGAGGUCGAGAGGUAUGCAACACGUUUCGGCAAGUACCAGGAGAGCCAGGAGCGACAGAAGGAGGAGCACGAGUGGGCGAAGCUGGAGGUGGAGCGGCUACGCGACCGUUUGGAGAAGGCACUGGCGGAACUCGAACGCGCGCGGAAGGCUGAGCAGGACGCCUCGAGGCUGCGCGCCGAUCUGGAGCGUGCGGAAGGCGUGCGAGGUAAAUACCAGUACGAGCAAGAAAAAUGGCAAAGCGAGGGUAGUAGGCUACAACAGGAGGUGGACAAACUACGCGAGCGAUUGGAAGGCCGUGAGGCCGAGCUGAAGAGGACGCAGUCGAACCACGCCGAGCUCGAGGCGAAGCUGCAUGAGGCGCAGCUUCAGCUCGAGCGGGCGCGCGAUGAGACCGGCAAGGCUACGGCGCAGCAGGAACGCAAUCGUUCGGAAAUCGAGCGUGCGCGAAUCGAGGCCGAGAAGAUACGCGACCGACACGACAAGGUGAAGAUACGAUCCGAUGCGCUCGAGGCAGACAACGAGAAACUACGUGUCGAGAUUGUGCGGCUGGAGCGGCUGAUGCAGACCGAGGGUAAGACGAGAUCCGAGAGCGCAAGUAUUGAAGUAGAACGUCUACGAGCUAGCCUGGACAAGGCGAUCGUGGCGCGUGAUCAGGUUGAACUUGAGGCUGGCAGACUCGCGAAAGAGCUCGAAAAAGCGCACCUGCAAACUGCUAAAUAUCAGGAAGCUACCGAGGCUACUAAGAAGGAGGUUGAACGUAUCGCUGCAGAUUUGCAACUGCUGCGGGACGAACGCGAUGCGCUACGCCAAGAGUUGCGCCGCGUGCAACAACAACAACAGCAGCAACAGCAACAGCAGCAGCUCGCUGGUAACGAAGAACAUGCCCGGAUGCAGUACGAGCUGCAGCUGGCGCAACGUGAACGCGACAAGAUGGCAGCAAUCUUGGAGAACCGGGAGAAACACUCGGAAAAGAUGAAGGAGAAGUGGGAAGCAGACGCGAAGCAGCUGCAGGUAGAGCGCGAUCAACUGGUUAUACAACUGGAGAAGUCGCAGGAAAUGCUGGUCAACUUCCAGCAGGAGCUUAGCGCGAACGAGGCCGAGCUCGAGCGUCAGCGCGAAGAGGCUCGCCGUCUCCAACAGCGUGCCCACGCGCAGACACCCGAUCGCGCCGCCAAGGAGGCGCUUGACGCGCAAAUGCGCGAAGUUCAACGGCUGCAGCAGCAGGUACAGAGUGUACAGCAGGCGCAGCAGAAGGAGCGACAGCGUGCCGAACAGGCAGAGAAGCGAGUGCAGGAGCUGCAGAAGCAGUUGGCGUCGCGCGGCACCGAGACGGUUCAGGCUGACGCGGCUCAGCUUGAGCAGUGGCGGAAGUUAUGCGAGACGGAGCGGCAGCGGGCAGACACUGCUGAGCGUGAGGCUGGUGACUUGCAGAAGCGGAUACAGACGACGGAACGACAGUUACAUGCGCAUCAACAGCAGAUCCAACAGAUGCAGGUCACCAUGCAACAACAACAACAACAGCUGCAGCAGCAACAGCAACUGCAGCCCGCGCAACAAAACGGUCAGGAGGUCGUUAGGCUGCGAAAGGAGCUGGAUCGCGCGCGCGAGGAGAUUCAACAGGCGACAGUGGAGCGCGAGCGGUUCCAGGCACAGCUCGAGAUGCUGUGCCAGGAACUGGAGAAGAAUCAGGUGGAUUUGCACGAGGCGAACAAGAAACUCCAAGCUGGCGCCGCGAAAGCUGGUGCCGAUACUAUUCAAGAGAGGAAACAGAUGGAGGAUCAAAGACGACAAUUGGACGAGCAGAGAAGACAGAUGGAAGAACGAGCGAAGACCGUAGAUCAGAAAGCUAGGACGACAGAGGAAAAGGAGAGGACGCUCCAAAAUCUCGACCAAGACCUCAAAAAGAGAAAGGCGAGAAUGGACCAACUGGAGCAACAAUUACAGAAGAGUGGCGGAGCGCCGGACAAGAGAUUAGCAGAAAUGCAAAAGGCUCUCGAAAUUGCCGAGAGGGAUUUGGAAAAAGCGAAAGAAGAAUCAGGCAGGAGUGCCGCCGAGACCGAGAGGCUAUUGCAGCUCGUGCAGAUGACACAGGAGGAACAAAACUCAAAAGAGAAACAGAUCAGAGAUCUUCAAGAAGCACUCAAAACCGCACAAGCCAAGUUGAAACAAGCUACAACUGCACAGCAAGAGGCGGGACCCGCCGGAUUCCUAAAAAGCUUGUUCUAAGGUCGAUUUUUGUUGGGGACGCCUUCUCCGUUCUUUUUAGUACAAUUUGCAUAUUAUAAGCGAGACUUUGCGAGUAUAGACGUAUAUACGAGGGACUUAAACGAAGGAUUGAUGUCGAUCCGCCAAUGGACAAAACCCACGUCGAGACAUAUAAUUAUUUUACGUAAAAUGCUACGACCAUUGUUAACGUAUUCAAUAAUUAUAGCGAAAGGAUAAUAACGAUAAUAA